AUGUCUGCGCGGAACCAACCGCGGAGUGCCCUCGUCAAGGGAAUUCUCGGAAAGGCUUCUGGUGGUAGGGAGCGCCAUGGUGCCGAUGGCAAAAAGAGCAAUAAGCUUAACGAGUUUGGAAGUGCCCAUUUUGAAGAUCGUGGCUUUGCAGGCUGCCAAGUCAUUUCGGUCUCCUUCCGCUCAAGGCGAGUCGUGUACAAGCUCUAA